GCCAGUGGUUUUUCUACUCUCUGUUCGUUUCCUCAGUUUAUUAAUCUUGACAAGUCAAGUGUUCCCCUUCUAUAAAAGAAACACCUUCACAGCAAUUGUUCCCUCAAUCUAAAAUACUGUAAGAGAUCAAGCCCAUUACACACAAAGUCGCACUACUAUUAUCAAGUAUCAGUAUUUUUUGUCAUCUAGAUAGCAAAGCAAAAGUUUCCUUCAAAAACAAUUAAGAUAAUGAGUUCAGCAAGCAAAGCUUGGACCGUGGCAGCCAGUGUUGGAGUUGUGGAGGCCUUGAAGGAUCAGGGCUUGUGCAGGUGGAAUAAUGCUUUAAGAUCAGCUCAACAUCAUGUCAAAAACCAGGUGAGAUCAUUGUCUCAGACAAAGAAGCUUUCUUCCUCCUCUUCUGCUAUGAUUUCAAGAAGAUUGAAGGAAGAGGAAGCAAAACAAUCAGAGGAAUCCUUGAGGACAGUGAUGUACUUAAGCUGCUGGGGUCCCAACUAGAGAGUCAUUUAGAAAAAAAUUAUGUCUUUGGUUGAAGCUGCCACAAGAAAAGGUGGGGCUGAGAUUU